AUGAUGAUGAAGAAGCUUGGUCUUCUCCUGCUCGGCCUCACUGCGGUGUCUGCUGCUGCAGGACCAGGCAGCUGUGUGGGUCGUUGCGGCGAGGCUUUCACCAGAGGUCAGAGGUGUACCUGUGACCUCAGCUGCCUGCAGCACAACGAGUGCUGCCCGGACUAUCACACUACCUGCACCUCAGCUCAGUCCUGUCAGGGUCGCUGUGGUGAGGCGUUCAGGAGAGGUCUGCAGUGUGAGUGUGAUCCUCACUGUGUUCUCUUCCACACCUGUUGCCAUGACUACCGGCUCCACUGUGAUGCCAGUGGGACUGUCCCACAGCAGGGAAGCUCCCAGUCUCAGAGAGCCACAGCCUCAAGAAAUUCGAGAAAUUUGAAACCGGAGAGGAGCCAGAAGACGUCCAACAGUGAGAGUGAGGAAUGGUUCACAGGAGGGAGGAACAUCCCUGUGCCUCCCUCUUUCAGUGGGGCUCAUCAGCAGUCCUUCCCCAAUAACGGUGCUCCAGAUGUGGGCAGCAGAGCCCCUUCGACCAACGGCGGUAAACUGAACGUGCACCUGGUGAUGCUCCCCGAUAGGGUCGGUCCAUCUGGGCCAAGCCAAGAACUCCUUGCUGACGUCGACCUGUGCAGCGAUGCCCCCAUCAAUGGACUGACGGCUCUCAGCAACAGAACCAUCCUGAUAUUUAAAGGUGAGUUAUUCUGGUCAGUUGACCCCAUCAGUCACUUAGUUGGUCCUCCACAGAACAUCACACAGACUCUUGGCGUCCCCUCACCCAUUGAUACCAUCUUCACACGACUCGGCUGCAAUGGAUACACCUACAUUAUAAAGGGGGACCAGUACUGGCGUCUGGAUAGGAACAUGGUGAUGGAGCCUGGAUACCCGAAACCUCUGUCCUACGAGUUUCCAGGUGUGACAGGAAGCAUCAGAGCUGUGCUGGCUGUGCCGGCCACCAGGACCAGACCAGAGACGGUGUUCUUCUUUAAGAAGGGAGACAUAAUGCAGAGGUUCAUCUUCCCACCAGGCAGCGCUCCGUCCUGCACAGAGAAUCCAAGAAGUCCCCCGAAGAGACACUUAGCUGGUCAGGCAGAAGCUCUGAGUGGAGAAAUCAAUAUCAGAGUUUCUCUUCAAGGCUUCCCCACCCCGAUCACCUCUGCUCUGUCCAUGGCCAGUCCU